UGUUAAUAAAAAGAUGCUCCUAAAAUAACGCGCCGUUAGAUGCUGCAGGAACAGCUGAAACACGCUGACAUGACAGGCUCUAAAAGAGCAGUUUAUACCAUCCCAUAAUAUCAGGGGGCGCUGUCUCCUGCUGCCUGUAGGAGGCGCUCAGGACUUGUUCACAGUUUUCCCGCAGACUUUUCCCUGGAUGUUCCUCAAAGUUUCACUUUCACUUUCCUGAUCUGGCGCCGCAGUUUGUUGUCUCCGUGUGAAGCUCCGUGUGAAGGUGAAGGUAGAAAGUGUGUGUGAGCUGAUGUGAAUUCAGCAGCAUGGAUCAGUGUGAGGACAGAGAGGAGGGAGUCCCUCCCUCUAAAAUCACUCUGUGUGGGGAACAUGAGAGCCAGACCAAAGCUCAGAGAAACCAACGAGGAACUAAACGUAAACAUGAACCUGAACCCAGCUGUUUGUCCUUAAAGAGCGACCAGUCAAAGGAGAUUGCUGUUAACUAUAAAGCAGGUGUUCCUCCUCCUGCAGAGAGAAAGGUCAGUGCUUUCCACUGGGACGACAACUGCCAAAGAGCCAUGGACACUUUAAAAGACCAUGUCACAUCAGCUCCGGUCCUGUCAUUCCCAGACUUCGAGCGCCCCUUUUCCAUUCACACAGACGCAUGUGACAUUGGUCUGGAUGCAGCUUUAAUGCAAAAGGAUGACAAGGGUCAUGAGUAUGUUCAGGAGAGCUCAGAGGUUCCCAGUGGUCAGUCUGCCCAGCAGCAUCAAACACAGCUGGACUCCAUAUUUAUGCUGCUGGAGGACAACAUCAUCACUUUUGUGAAGAAUGAACUGAAGACGAUCCAGAAGGUUCUGAGUCCAGAUUACCCAGAAUGCUUAGAGGGUCAUGGGGAGGGUGAGGAUAAAGAGCAGAAGAGAAGCAGAGAGGCUUUUAUGAAGAUCACACUGCACUUCCUGAGGAGAAUGAAGCAGGAGGAGCUGGCUGACCGUUUGCAGAGCAAAUACGUUGCUCCACUCUGUCGACAAGAACUUAAAUCUGCUCUGAAGAAGAAGUUCCAGUGUGUGUUUGAGGGGAUCGCUAAAGCAGGAAACCCAACCCUUCUGAAUCAGAUCUACACAGAGCUCUACAUCACAGAGGGAGGGACUGCAGAGGUCAAUGAUGAACAUGAGGUCAGACAGAUUGAAACAGCAUCCAGGAAACCAGACAGACCAGAAACAACAAUCAGACAAGAAGACAUCUUUAAAGGCUCACCUGGAAGAGAUGAACCAAUCAGAACAGUGCUGACAAAGGGAGUGGCUGGCAUUGGGAAAACAGUCUUAACACAGAAGUUCACUCUGGACUGGGCUGAAGACAAAGCCAACCAGGACAUCCAGUUCAUGUUUCCAUUCACUUUCAGAGAGCUGAAUGUGCUGAAAGAGAAAAAGUUCAGCUUGGUGGAACUUGUUCAUCACUUCUUUACUGAAACCAAAGAAGCAGGAAUCUGCAGCUUUGAAGACUUCCAGGUUGUGUUCAUCUUUGAUGGUCUGGAUGAGUGUCGACUUCCUCUGGACUUCCACAAAACUGAAAUCCUGGCUGAUGUUACAGAGUCCACCUCAGUGGAUGUGCUGCUGACAAACCUCAUCAGGGGGAACCUGCUUCCCUCUGCUCACCUCUGGAUAACCACACGACCUGCAGCAGCCAAUCAGAUCCCUGCUCAGUGUGUUGACAUGGUGACAGAGGUCAGAGGGUUCACUGACCCACAGAAGGAGGAGUACUUCAGGAAGAGAUUCAGAGAUGAGGAGCAGGCCAGCAGGAUCAUCUCCCACAUCAAGACAUCACGAAGCCUCCACAUCAUGUGCCACAUCCCAGUCUUCUGCUGGAUCACUGCUACAGUUCUGGAGGAUGUGCUGAAAACCAGAGAGGGAGGAGAGCUGCCCAAGACCCUGACUGAGAUGUACAUCCACUUCCUGGUGGUUCAGGCCAAAGUGAAGAUGGUCAAGUAUGAUGGAGGAGCUGAGACAGAUCCACACUGGAGUCCAGAGAGCAGGAAGAUGAUUGAGUCUCUGGGAAAACUGGCUUUUGAUCAGCUGCAGAAAGGAAACCUGAUCUUCUAUGAAUCAGACCUGACAGAGUGUGGCAUCGAUAUCAGAGCAGCCUCAGUGUACUCAGGAGUGUUCACACAGAUCUUUAAAGAGGAGAGAGGGCUGUACCAGGACAAGGUGUUCUGCUUCAUCCAUCUGAGUGUUCAGGAGUUUCUGGCUGCUCUUCAUGUCCAUCUGACCUUCAUCAACUCUGGAGUCAAUCUGCUGGAAGAACAACAAACAAGCUCCCAGACAGAGCAACACCUCUGCCAAAGUGCUGUGAACAAGGCCUUACAGAGUCCAAAUGGACACCUGGACUUGUUCCUCCGCUUCCUCCUGGGUCUUUCACUGCAGACCAAUCAGACCCUCCUACGAGUUCUUCUGACACAGAGAGGAAGUAGCUCACAGACCAAUCAGGAAACAGUCCAGUACAUCAAGCAGACGCUCAAUGAGAAUCUGUCUGCACAGCAGCAUCAAACACAGCUGGACUCCAUAUUUAUGCUGCUGGAGGACAACAUCAUCACUUUUGUGAAGAACGAACUGAAGAAGAUCCAGAAGGUUCUGAGUCCAGAUUACCCAGAAUGCUUAGAGAGUCAUGGGGAGGGUGACACGGCCUUGGAGGGUGAGGAUAAAGAGCAGAAGAGAAGCAGAGAGGCUUUUGUGAAGAUCACACUGCACUUCCUGAGGAGAAUGAAGCAGGAGGAGCUGGCUGACCGUCUGCAGAGCAAAUACGUUGCUCCAGUCUGUCAACAAGAACUUAAAUCUGCUCUGAAGAAGAAGUUCCAGUGUGUGUUUGAGGGGAUCGCUAAAGCAGGAAACCCAACCCUUCUGAAUCAGAUCUACACAGAGCUCUACAUCACAGAGGGAGGGACUGCAGAGGUCAAUGAUGAACAUGAGGUCAGACAGAUUGAAACAGCAUCCAGGAAACCAGACAGACCAGAAACAACAAUCAGACAAGAAGACAUCUUUAAAGGCUCACCUGGAAGAGAUGAACCAAUCAGAACAGUGCUGACAAAGGGAGUGGCUGGCAUUGGGAAAACAGUCUUAACACAGAAGUUCACUCUGGACUGGGCUGAAGACAAAGCCAACCAGGACAUCCAGUUCAUGUUUCCAUUCACUUUCAGAGAGCUGAAUGUGCUGAAAGAGGAAAAGUUCAGCUUGGUGGAACUUGUUCAUCACUUCUUUACUGAAACCAAAGAAACAGGAAUCUGCAGCUUUGAAGACUUCCAGGUUGUGUUCAUCUUUGAUGGUCUGGAUGAGUGUCGACUUCCUCUGGACUUCCACAACACUGAGAUCCUGGCUGAUGUUACAGAGUCCACCUCAGUGGAUGUGCUGCUGACAAACCUCAUCAGGGGGAACCUGCUUCCCUCUGCUCGCCUCUGGAUAACCACACGACCUGCAGCAGCCAAUCAGAUUCCUUCAAAGUGUGUUGACAUGGUGACAGAGGUCAGAGGGUUCACUGACCCACAGAAGGAGGAGUACUUCAGGAAGAGAUUCCAGGAUAAGAAACUGGUUUCCAAAAUAAUCUCACACAUCAAGACAUCACGAAGCCUCCACAUCAUGUGCCACAUCCCAGUCUUCUGCUGGAUCACUGCUACAGUUCUGGAGGAUGUGCUGAAAACCACAAAGAGAGGAGAGCUGCCCAAGACCCUGACUGAGAUGUACAUCCACUUCCUGGUGGUUCAGGCCAAAGUGAAGAACGUCAAGUAUGAUGGAGGAGCUGAGACAGAUCCACACUGGAGUCCAGAGAGCAGGAAGAUGAUUGAGUCUCUGGGAAAACUGGCUUUUAAUCAGCUGCAGAAAGGAAACCUGAUCUUCUAUGAAUCAGACCUGACAGAGUGUGGCAUCGAUAUCAGAGCAGCCUCAGUGUACUCAGGAGUGUUCACACAGAUCUUUAAAGAGGAGAGAGGGCUGUACCAGGACAAGGUGUUCUGCUUCAUCCAUCUGAGUGUUCAGGAGUUUCUGGCUGCUCUUCAUGUCCAUCUGACCUUCAUCAACUCUGGAGUCAAUCUGCUGGAAGAACAACAGUCAACCUCCAUAUGGUCUACAAUAUGGUCUAUAUUAUUUAAAAAAUCUAUAUUACAAUCUUUGCACCAGAGUGCUGUGAACAAGGCCUUACAGAGUCCAAAUGGACACUUGGACUUGUUCCUCCGCUUCCUCCUGGGUCUUUCACUGCAGACCAAUCAGACUAUCCUACGAGGUCUGCUGACACAGACAGGAAGUAGCUCACAGACCAAUCAGGAAACAGUCCAGUACAUCAAGGAGAAGCUCAAUGAGAAUCUGUCUGCAGAGAAAAGCAUCAACCUGUUCCACUGUCUGAAUGAACUGAAUGAUCGUUCUCUAGUGGAGGAGAUCCAACAGUCCCUGAGUUCAGGACGUCUCUCCACAGAUAAACUGUCUCCUGCUCAGUGGUCAGCUCUGGUCUUCAUCUUACUGUCAUCAGAAGAAGAUCUGGAUGUGUUUGACCUGAAGAAAUACUCUGCUUCAGAGGAGGCUCUGCUGAGGCUGCUGCCAGUGGUCAAAGCCUCCAACAAAGUUCUACUGAGUCUCUGUGACCUCUCAGAGAGAAGCUGUGAAACUCUGUCCUCAGUUCUCAGCUCCCAGUCCUCUAGUCUGAGAGAGCUGGACCUGAGUAGCAAUGACCUGAAGGACUCAGGAGUGAAAGCUUUAUCUUCUGGACUGGAGGAUCCACAUUGUAAACUGGAAACACUCAGGCUGAGCAGCUGUAACCUGUCAGAGAGAAGCUGCGAAGCUCUGUCCUCCUCUCUUCAACUAGAAGACUGUGAGCUGACAGAGCUAGACCUGAGUAACAACAACCUGCAGGACUCAGGAUUGAAGCUGCUGCUUGCUGGAUUGGAGAGUCCCCGCUGUAAACUGGAGACACUCAGACUGAGUCUCUGUGACCUCUCAGAGAGAAGCUGUGAAAUUCUGUCCUCAGUUCUCAGCUCCCAGUCCUCUAGCCUGAGAGAGCUGGACCUGAGUAACAAUGACCUGAAGGACUCAGGAGUGAAAGCUUUAUCUUCUGGACUGGAGAAUCCACAUUGUAAACUGGAAACACUCAGAUUGACUGGCUGUAACCUCUCAGAAAGAAGCUGCGAAACUCUGUCCUCAGUUCUCAGCUCCCAGUCCUCUAGUCUGACAGAACUAGACCUGAGUAACAAUGACCUGCAAGAUUCAGGAGUGAAAGCUUUGUGUUCUGGACUGGAAAGUCAACAAUGUAAACUGGAAACUCUGAGGCUGUCAGGCUGCCUGAUCACAGAAGAAGGUUGUAAGUCUCUGGUCUCAGCUUUGAGCUCCAACCCCUCCCAUCUGAGAGAGCUGGACCUGAGCUACAACCAUCCAGGAGAGGCAGGAGUGAAGCUGCUGGAGCAGCUGAGACUGGAAACUCUCAGG